AUGGUAAAACAGAUUGAGAACAAGGAAAACUUUGACUCAGAGUUGAAAGAGGCUGGAGAAAAAUUAGUAGUAGUCAACUCCUCUGCCACAUGGUGUAAACCAUGCAAAAUGAUCAAGCCUUUCUUUCAUUCAUUUUGUGAAGAGUACUCAGGCAUGAUCUUCAUAGAAGUGGAUGUAGAUGACUGUCAGGAUGUUGCUACUACACAGGAUGAAAUGAAAUACAUGCCAACAUUUCAGUUCUACAAAAAUGGACAAAAAAUGAGUGAAGUCUCUGGAACCAAUAAGGAAAAGCUCAAAUCAAUGAAUUCAAGUAAUUGUGGAUCCUGUUAA